AUGAAGUCAACUUUGGACUCUAUGGCGAUACUGAAGAUCGUGCUGUUCAUCUUGGAGGCUGUCUCGCUGGUCCACUGCGCGCGAGGACCACCUCGCGUGUCUGAGAAAGUGCUUCACCGACAGACCGUCCGCCUCGGGAGUGCCGUCAAGCUGCCUUGCCCGGUGGAAGGAGACCCUCCUCCGAUCAUCAUGUGGACCAAAGACGGGCGCAACAUCCACAGCGGUUGGAUCCGUUUCCGCAUCCUGCGCAUGGGCCUGAAGGUCAAGGAAGUGGAGGCGGACGACACGGGAACGUACGUUUGCAAAGCUACUAACGGCUUCGGCAGCGUCAACAUCAACUACACCCUCAUCGUUAUCGAUGACUCGGGUUCUGAUAGGACCAGACCCGCUGUGUUUGACGGUGCCCAUUCAACGCACGGUUCUGACGUCUUGGCAGAAAAGCUCGUGCGCCCCCGCUUCACCCAGCCCGCCAAGAUGAGAAAGAGAGUGAUUGCCCGACCCGUGGGGAGCUCGGUACGCCUCAAAUGCACGGCCAGCGGGACGCCUCGGCCCGACAUCGUGUGGCUGAAGGACGAGCGUCCGCUGACCGGUCGAGAGGUCGGCGAGGGCCGCCAGAACAAGUGGACCCUGACACUUAAGAGCCUGACCCCCGAGCACAGCGGCAGAUACACCUGCAGGGUAUCCAAUCGGGCGGGAGAGAUCAACGCCACGUAUAAAGUGGAGGUCAUACAGAGGACCAACUCCAAACCGGUCCUGACGGGAACGCACCCGCUCAACACAACGGUGGACUACGGAGCCACCACGUCGUUCCAGUGCAAAGUGAGGAGCGACGUCAAGCCCGUUAUCCAGUGGCUGAAGCGCGUGGAGACUAACGAGGAGAGCCGCUACAACUCCACCAUUGAAGUGGGAGACCACCGCUUCGUUGUGCUGCCCACGGGGGAGGUGUGGUCGCGACCCGACGGCUCCUACCUCAACAAGCUGCUCAUUACCCGCGCCAAGGAGAAGGAUGCCGGCAUGUACAUCUGCUUAGGUGCCAACACCAUGGGGUACAGCUUCCGUAGCGCCUUCCUCACGGUGCUGCCAGUCACCAAGCCCCCCAUCACGCCCAUCUUUCCCGCGGCCUCCAGCUCGCUGCCCUGGCCGGUCAUCAUCGGCAUCCCCGCUGGAAUCGUCUUCAUCUUCGGCACUGUUCUUCUCUGGUUCUGCCAGAGUAGAAAGCAGUGCCCGCCGCCCAGCAGCGCUGCCGGCGCCGCGACCCCCAACCGGGUCCCGCCCUGCCGAGAGCGGGAACGUGGUUUUGCUGCGCCCCCGUCCGGCUCGUCCAGCCCGGACAAAGACUGCGUGAGCUCCGUUAACUACGAGGAGUACCUGGCGCAGCAGCAGCUUCUCCUCGGCCAGGGAGGCGCCGCUAAGAUCUAUCCCAAAAUCUACACUGACAUUCAUACGCACACGCACUCCCACGUGGACGGCAAAGUACACCAGCAUCAACACAUUCACUUCCAGUGUUAA